AUGGGCAAACUCACUCUGCCUCUCGACAACGCACAGCAGCCAGACACCACCACUGACAACGAUCUGACGCCCCGCCCCGUGUCGGCCGAACCCAAGUUUCCCGCAGUUGCGCCCGCAAAGAACGUACAGGCGCUCAAGGAGCGCGCAAACCAAGAUGGCCACCUGAAGGCGGUUCCCAAUCCCGUCCAGCAGCAACACCAAAAUGGACAUCUCUCUGGGAACAAUGGCGUGGGUGUUGCCCUGAGUGACACCCCGUUGCCAUCGGUCCCGGGAAGUCCGCGAGACACCCUCACGCGCAAUAGCUCUGCUGCGGGUACCCCCCGGUUACGCCCGACGACGCUCGACAUCCCCGGCCUGACCAAAUCCAAAGUCUCCCCCGAUGGCAAGAUUGCACAGCGCGAUGUCGGCUCCAAGCUAGUCAUUGUCAUGGUGGGACUGCCCGCGCGGGGUAAGUCUUACAUCACAAAGAAAAUGGCCCGCUAUUUGAAUUGGCUACAACACGACACCAAGAUUUUCAACGUGGGAGAGAAGCGGCGAGUGGCGGCCAGUCACAGUGGCUUCCGCUUAUCCCAAGCGAACCUUGAGCGCAUCUCAUCCAAUGUCAAGCGCGCCAUUGAGGAGCACCAGGACACCUUGCCGCAGAUUGCCGCAAAAAUCCUUAUCAACGGCGACCCCGCGCACGAUGGGUCCAUUGACCCACAGAACGUGCCGGACCCACGCCGGGGUAGCACCGCCAUUGCGGACGACGACGAUAAUACGGCGCUUCCACCACCCCGGGUCCAGGUCACAUCUCCGGGCCCGAAAGCGCCUACGCCCAACAAUGAGCCGGAUACCAAUGAGAAUGAGGCAAUGGACCAGUCGGCCGACUUUUUCGACCCGCAAAACCAGCGUGCGGCUGCGCUGCGAGAACAAUGCGCCAUGGAAACAUUGGAUGAUCUGUUGGAUUACAUCCUAAAGGGCAGUGGAUCAGUAGGCAUAUUCGAUGCAACCAACAGCACUCUUGCACGCCGCAAACAGAUUAUGGAGCGGAUCCGGGCGCGUGCGGGACCAGAGCUCAAUGUUUUGUUCGUCGAGAGUGUAUGCCGCGACCAGAAUCUGCUCGAGUCGAAUAUGCGCUUGAAGCUGUCGGGACCGGACUACGCGGAUAAGGACCCCGUUGCUGCUCUCGCAGACUUCAAGAAGCGUGUAGCCAUCUACGAGAAGAACUACGUUCCAAUUGGCGACUACGAGGAAGAUAACAACAUGCCAUAUGUCAAGAUGGUGGAUGUCGGCCGGAAGAUGAUUUCACAUCAGAUUAGGGGUUUCCUUGCCGGCCAGGCUGUCUACUAUCUCCUCAACUUCAACCUCGCGCCACGCAUGAUCUGGAUAACAAGACACGGCGAGUCGACGGAUAAUGUUGCUGGCAAGAUUGGUGGUGACUCUGAUCUUAGCCCGAAUGGAGAAAAGUACGCAAAGGCCAUGACGCGCUUCAUUGCUGCCCAGCGAAAGGAGUGGGCAGUUCGGCAAGCAAACAAAAAGGCCAACUCGCACUUUCCACCAGUCCCGGGUGACACCACUCCUCCAAAUCCAUACUACAGCCAUGAACUCGAGACGCACAACUUUUGUGUCUGGACAUCCAUGCUGAAGCGUUCAAUUCAGACUGGGCAGUACUUUUGCGACGAGGACUUUGAGGUCAAGCAGAUGCGCAUGUUGGAUGAGCUCAAUGCAGGCAUCAUGGAGGGUCUCACAUACGAAGAGAUUCGCACAAAGUAUGCUGACGAGUAUUUCCGACGGCGACGUGACAAGCUUGCAUAUCGUUAUCCUGGCCCAGGUGGUGAAGGCUACCUCGACGUCAUCAACCGCGUUCGCCCCGUCAUUGUCGAACUGGAGCGCAUGACGGACCACUGCUUGUUGAUUACGCACCGCAGUGUCGCCCGUGUACUACUAGCAUACUUCCAGGGCUUGAAGCGCGAAGAUGUAGCCGACCUCGACUGUCCUCUUGGUAUGCUAUACCAGCUCGAGCCCAAGCCCUACGGUGUUGAAUUCAAGGCCUGGCGUUACAACCCCGAAACCGACGAUUUUGACCAUUUACCUGAUUACAAGCUCAGGAGGGCGCCCACCCUGACUAAUAACUGA